AUGCAAUUGUCAUCUCUCCGCCACUCUCCUUUCUCCACACUUGGCUCCCUUCUUCCAUUUUCUUCCAAACUCAUUCCGCUUCGUCCUCUCUUCCAGAUCGCUUCCAUGCCCCCUCACGGUCCUAAUUCUCAGGGUGGUCGUCGAGGCGGAGGUUUUUCCUCCGGUCGCGGUGGAGGUCGCCGUGGCGGACGCGGCGGAGGUGGUGGUGGUGGUGGACGCGGCGGAGGCGGACGUGGGGAACAGCGAUGGUGGGAUCCGGUGUGGAGAGCUGAGCGUUUGCGCCAGCAACAGGCUGAGAUGGAAGUUCUUGAUGAGAAUGAAUGGUGGAACAAGAUUGAGCAAAUGAAAGCAGGAGGAGAACAAGAGUUGGUAAUAAAGCGUAACUUUAGCCGGGCAGAUCAGCAAACACUCUCUGAUAUGGCUUAUCAGAUGGGACUUUACUUCCAUGCGUACUGUAAAGGGAAGGCUCUUGUAGUUAGCAAAGUUCCGUUGCCAGAUUAUCGGGCGGAUCUUGAUGAACGGCAUGGAUCCACUCAGAAAGAGAUUCAAAUGUCUACAGAGACAGAGAAAAAGCUUGGAACUCUUUUGAAAACAACACAAGAGUCAGGGUCUUCAAGUGUCUCUACUUCAGCAUUUAAUGACCAACAGGAUCGCACAGCGACUCUUGGCCUUAAAAGACCUGAUUCUGCUUCCAAAUCUUUGGAUUCUCAUGAGAAAGAAAAAUUUAGUGUUGCACUCAAGGAAAGGCAGGAAAAACUAAAGGCAACUGACAGUGUAAAGGCACUUCAAGCUUUCAGAGAAAAGCUACCUGCUUUCAAAAUGAAAAAGGGGUUUCUUAACUCUGUUUCAGAAAAUCAGGUAUUGGUAGUUUCAGGAGAGACCGGGUGUGGCAAAACAACACAACUUCCUCAAUUUAUUUUGGAAGAAGAGAUAUCAUCCCUAAGAGGUGCUGAUUGCAACAUAAUCUGCACACAACCUCGACGUAUAUCUGCCAUAUCUGUUGCUUCUCGUAUAUCUGCUGAAAGGGGUGAAUCCCUUGGUGAAUCUGUGGGUUAUCAGAUUCGUCUAGAAUCAAAGCGUUCUGAUCAAACAAGAUUGCUAUUUUGCACUACUGGUGUUUUACUCCGGCGGCUGAUUGAGGAUCCUAAUCUAACUAGCAUAAGCCAUUUGCUUGUGGAUGAAAUACACGAGAGAGGCAUGAAUGAGGAUUUCCUACUAAUCAUACUACGGGAUCUUCUUCCUCGGCGCCCAGAUUUACGCCUUAUUCUCAUGAGUGCUACGAUUAAUGCUGACAUGUUCUCAACAUAUUUUGGGAACGCUCCAACCAUGCAUAUUCCGGGGUUCACAUUCCCUGUUGCAGAGCUAUUCCUAGAAGAUGUACUGGAGAAAAGUCGCUAUAGCAUUAAGUCGUCUGACUCAGGGAAUUAUCAAGGUAAUUCGAGAGGUAGAAGAAGAGACUCAGAAUCCAAGAAAGACGACCUAACUACACUGUUUGAGGAUGUUGACGUCAAUGCUCACUAUAAAAGUUAUAGCUCGGCCACAAGAGUUUCUCUUGAAGCAUGGUCUGGUGCACAGAUUGAUUUGGAUCUGGUUGAGGCAACAAUCGAACAUAUAUGCCGUCGUGAAGGUGGUGGGGCGAUUCUUGUCUUUCUCACUGGCUGGGAUGAGAUUUCGAAUCUGCUUGAAAAAAUUAAAGGGAACAGCUUGCUUGGAGAUUCUAGCAAGUUCUUAGUUCUUCCUCUACAUGGUUCAAUGCCGACGGUUAACCAACGUGAAAUUUUUGACCGUCCACCUCCUAGCAAGCGGAAAAUAGUUUUGGCUACAAACAUUGCUGAGAGUAGUAUUACAAUUGAUGAUGUUGUGUAUGUUGUGGAUUGCGGUAAAGCGAAGGAAACUAGCUAUGAUGCUUUGAACAAGGUGGCAUGUCUAUUGCCAUCAUGGAUUUCAAAGGCUUCAGCUCACCAGAGACGAGGUCGUGCAGGACGUGUCCAAGCUGGAGUUUGUUAUAGGUUGUAUCCAAAAGUUAUCUAUGAUGCUUUCCCACAGUAUCAGUUACCAGAAAUCAUACGGACUCCAUUGCAAGAGUUAUGCCUGCACAUCAAAAGUUUGCAGGUUGGAUCCAUAGGAUCAUUCUUGGCCAAGGCACUUCAGCCGCCAGAUGCUCUUGCUGUUGAGAAUGCUAUUGAACUUCUCAAAACAAUUGGGGCUUUAGAUGACAUGGAAACGCUUACACCCCUUGGUCGCCAUCUUUGCACUUUACCCGUAGAUCCAAAUAUAGGAAAGAUGCUUUUGAUUGGAGCUAUCUUCCAGUGCGUCAAUCCUGCCCUGACAAUCGCCGCGGCUCUUGCAUAUCGGAGCCCAUUUGUCUUACCGUUAAACAGAAAAGAGGAAGCUGAUGAAGCCAAAAGAUCUUUUGCUGGUGAUUCCUGCAGUGAUCACAUUGCUCUUGUUAAGGCAUUUGAGGGAUAUCGGGAUGCAAAGCGUGGUGGAAACGAAAGAGAUUUUUGUUGGCACAACUUCCUUUCCCCUGUAACCCUAAAGAUGAUGGAGGAUAUGAGAAACCAGUUUCUUGAUCUUCUUUCAGAUAUAGGAUUCGUAGACAAAUCAAGGGGGCCAAAUCCAUACAACCAAUACAGCCACGAUAUGGAGAUGAUAAGCGCGGUGCUGUGUGCGGGGCUGUACCCAAAUGUUGUGCAAUGCAAAAGAAGAGGGAAGCGCACUGCGUUCUACACUAAAGAGUUGGGUAAAGUUGAUAUUCACCCUGGAUCUGUCAACGCAAGAGUGCAUCUCUUCUCGUUGCCGUACUUGGUGUACAGCGAAAAGGUGAAGACGACAAGUGUUUAUAUCCGGGACUCAACAAACAUAUCAGAUUACGCACUGCUUAUGUUUGGUGGCAGUCUUACCCCAAGCCAAGCAGGGGAUGGUAUAGAGAUGUUGGGAGGGUAUCUCCAUUUCUCAGCCUCGAAGAACGUAUUGGAACUGAUACAGAGAUUGCGGGGAGAGGUGGACAAAUUGCUGAAUAGGAAGAUAGAAGAUCCAAGUUUGGACAUAACUGUGGAGGGGAAAGGAGUGGUUUCAGCUGUGGUGGAGUUGCUGCGUAGCCGAAACAUCAGGUAUUAAGAAGGGACCAAUGAGUCUUACUUUUUUUUGUGUGUAGGAGGGAUUGUAAAAUCCUUGUUUUAUCAAAAACGAAUUCAUUAGUUGGAACUCUAAACUUGUAAUUUUACGCUGUUGAUUAGUGUGGAUUUACAAUAAAAGUUAUAGCUGAGAGUUAUGCGUUACUUGUUUCCUAUUAGGACGAGUUUUGUAGUGUCAUCUCAUUUCCCAUU